AUGGAUAAGGUGUUUAGGGCAAAAGAUAUGGCAAGAAAGCAUGUAACUAGGGACUACACAAAACAGUUUGAGUUGUUGAGGGACUAUGCUCUUGAACUUCAAGCUACAAACCCAGACACAACAGUCAAAAUAGAUGUGUGUCCUAAUGGCAACCCUGCAUCCCCAACAAGGCAGUUUAGAAGGAUUUAUGUAUGCUUGGGUCCACUGAAAAAAGGUUUCAAAUCAUGUCUUAGAGACUUAGUAGGUUUGGAUGGUGCCUUCAUGAAAGGCCCAUUCCCUGGUCAGGUUCUUACAGCAGUUGGUCUAGAUUCCAACAAUGGAAUUUAUCCCUUAGCCUAUGCAAUUGUUGAGUCUGAAAACACAGCUAGCUGGAAGUGGUUUUUAGAAAACCUUGGGGAUGACUUGGAGCUUGGGAGCAACUCAAACUAUACUUUCAUAAGUGACAGGCAAAAGGGAUUACAAAUUGCAGUUGAUCAAUUGUUUCCCAAUGCUGAGCAUAGGUAUUGUAUUAGACAUAUUCAUGACAAUAUGAGAAAGAAGUGGGGGCUAACUGAGUACAGGGACCAUUUAUGGAGGUGUGCAUCAGCAACCACCAUUCCUGAGUUUGAACAUUUGAUGAAAGAGUUUAGUGAGUAUGAUAAGGAGGCAUGUCAAUGGUUGAAGCAAAUUCCUCCUGUACAUUGGGCAAGGAGUCAUUUCUCAGGAAGAGCUGUUUCUGAUGUGUUGAUUUCAAACAUGUGUGAAGUGUUUAAUGGGAAGAUAGAGAAAGGCAGGGACAAACCUGUAAUUUCAUGUUUAGAGUUCAUUAGGGAGUAUCUAAUGAAGAGGAUAUGCAAUGUCAUGAAGGCAAUGAAGAAGGAUAAAGGUCCACUAACACCUACAGCAACAGACAUCCGAGAUGCAAGGAAAAAAGGUGCUUCACAAUAUAUUGCUAGGUGGAAUGGGGCAAACAAGCAUGCAAUUGCAACUCUGAAUGAAAUGAGCAAAGACCCUGAGGCUGAGCUUGACAUUUACAAGUGGGUACACAAGGUGUAUUGGCUAGAGACAUGGCAAAAAGCUUAUUCAUUUAAGGUGGAACCAAUUAAAGGGAGACCCAUGUGGCCUAAAAGUAAUUGUCCAACAAAGCUAAUCCCUCCUCCACAUCACACUCAGGUGGGAAGGCCUAAGAAAAAAAGAAGACAAAGUGAGGGUGAAAGGUUAAGCAAAAGGCAGAAGGCAAGUGAAGGUGAUGGAGUCAAUAAGAUGCAAGGAGAAAAUUCCCAAGGGCCAACAAAUGAUGGAGUGCAGAAGCUAUCAAGGAAACAUAUUAGUGUUACUUGUAGCAAAUGA